AUGAGUUUAAUGCAUGGCUUUAAAAAGAAUUUGAAUCGUGCCGGCACGACGCUAAAGCAAAAGGCGGGCUGGGCCGAUAACACUAUUGACGAGGAGUUCAACGACGAAUACGAACGGUUUCAAAUCUUAGAAAAAGAGGUGGAAAAGUUAAGCAAAGAAGCCAAAAAUUAUCUGGAAGCUGUCCGUAGCAUGAGUGCUGCGCAACGACGCAUGGCACAGACACUGGGCCAAUUUGUCAACCAUGAAUUGACGCCUGCAAUGGUCCAGUACCAAAAGCUGAUUGAGCGGAUGGACGAGGAUACACGGGCCGAUUUCGAUAAAGAGUUUAGAACCACAGUGUUGGAGCCAUUGACAAGGCUUUGCUCGUAUUUCCCAGCUGUGAAUGAAGCAAUCAAACGACGGCAUAAGAAAGCCCUUGAUUAUGAUAAUCAGCGCUCCAAGGUGCGCAAGCUGAUUGACAAACCCUCGGACGAUCCGCAAAAGCUACCGAUGGCCGAAGAAGUUGCAAACCUAGCCCGAGAACAGUACGAAGGUUUGAAUACCAUUCUCAUAGAGGACUUGCCCAAAAUUGUUGAAAUGCGAGUGCCUUAUGUGGACCCUUCGUUCGAGGCGCUUGUAAAAUCGGAACUCAAGUUCUCUCAAACAUAUUAUGGCGAAUUCGAAAGCAUCCAGGAUAUUUUCCAAGGGGAGCGAAAAGGCUCUGUAGACGACAUAUUGCAAGACAUGAGGCAACUGGCAAUUUGUGGCAACUUCUAA